AUGGACGGCGGUCGCCACAGUACAAUGCAGACCCGAGCCGCUGGUAACGAUAAGCAGAGAGCUUCCGCCCCCGGUAGGACCAGCAUCAUCGCCUCGACAGCCCCUUCUCCCAAUACCACCAUUGUAGUCUCGGCCCCCUCGUACAACCCUACUGGUCCCCCCCAAUCCGUCUCGCCAUCGCCAGUACCCCCAUCACAGCCGAACCAAACCUCUAAUCCCACAUCAGCCCCGGCUACUCAAAGCCAUGCUGCCACCGCCAGUCUCUACCAGUGCGCUCACUGUCAACGACGCUACUCCCGUCCCGAGCAUCUAGCCCGCCACAUUCAGACGCACACCCUUGGCAAGAGGUUCGCGUGUCAGAUAUGCGGCAAGGCCUUUGCUCGCCAAGAUCUGCUCAAACGCCACGUCGCCAACCACGAGAACGACAACGACCCCAACAAGAAGAGACGUCGCACCGACACGUCGCCUGGUGCCGGUCGCGUCUCUCAUGCCUGUCGACCUUGCGCAACCGCUCGCGUCAAGUGCGAGGAAGUUAAGCCUUGCACCCGGUGUCGUAAUCGCAAUCUGAACUGUGAAUACACGUCCACCGAAGCUGGUUCUGCAGCUGCCAUGCACCUUCUCCACCUGUCUGGGAACCCUCACGCGACAACUUCGACGCCCGGCUCUCUCGCCACCUCCCCUUCCCAGUCUGCGUAUGACAGCAGCCCCUCGACGGCUUAUCAACAGCAGCAGCAGCAUCCUCAGCAUGCCAUGCUGCCGCCCAAGCACGAGAAUGGCCCAUUAGGCCCGGCCCAUCACGUCAAGUUGGAAACUGGCCCUCUUUCCACGCAAGAAAACAACGCCAUGGACCGAGCCGGCAACGGGGCAGUCAUGGUGAACUUUGAGAUUGGCAACCCGGGCGUCGACAUGACUUUGCCCUUCUCGGAUUUCCUCCAAAACGUCAUUUACGAGCCAGAAAUGGACGCUUCGAGAAUAACGGAAGCCCAGGGCCUCGCCGUCCUAGACUUUUGCGACAACUCGAAUCUGGAGCUGAACGAGGUGGACUUUGGCCUUCUGGAUCACUGGAACAUGGACGGCAUGGGCAACACCGGAUCGAACCAAAGCUUCACGCCCCGCACCGACGACUCCAUCGACCUGGUCCAGAUGCGACAGACACUGGUCAAGGUCUGGACGGAAUCACCGUGGCAGUGGGCACCCAACAAACUCGACUCCGGGUAUGUGGAACACCCAAACUUCUCCGUACCGUCCGACGAUACGAGCAGCGCCGCCUUCCAAGAGAGCCGAAUGAAACACGCGAGAAUCGUUAGGGACAAACUGGAUCAGUCAGGUCGCGACCAGAUUCUGGCGAUUGUCUUGUCGACCUGCAAGAACGACAACAUCAUGAGCCGCGUCGCUUCAUCGUUUCCGUCACUCGAGGUGAUGGACAGCUUGAUCCACAUCUUUCUGGCGUCGCACUUUUGCCAGACGUCGCAAUGGAUUCACCACGGUUCUUUCUCCAUGAACUCGCAGUGGCCAGAGUGGCUUGCCGUCGCGGCCUCGGCUGGGGCUACCCUCACUCCGGUUCAAACCUUGCGCAAGUUUGGCUUUGCCCUGCAAGAGGCGGUCCGAGUUACCAUUCCGGCAAGGUUCGAGGACGCCAACACUUCGAUCAAAAACAUGGGCCUGGUGCAGACCUUGAUCUUGGGCCAGGACAUCGGUCUGUGGAGCGGCAACCGACGCAAGAUGGAGAUCGCCGAGUGUCAUCUUUUGAUUCCCAUCACAAUGAUGAGAUAUCGCGGUAAAUUCCAGCGAGCAUCGUAUCCCGUCAUCGAAGUCAAUAUGUCAGACGAAGGCGAGAUUCUCGAGAACAAAUGGAAGGUCUGGUGCGAGCGUGAGUCAUGGAAAAGACUUCUUUUCCACUGCUUCGUGCGAGACGCUCAGACCUCCAUGACUGCACUCACUAACCCCUCCAUGUCGUACUCAGAACUCACCUUGCCCCUCCCCGAGGCCAAGGAGCUGUGGUUCGCGAGGUCGGCGGCCGAGUGGAAGAUGCACUAUCUCGAGCGGACCGUUGGGCAAAGCAAGCGCCCUCCGUCGAUCGGCGAUCUUUUUAGAGACAUCGAGCUCCUUGCGACGAACCGGCAACGGUUGGAUCUGCAGUUCGCAAUCUCGAUAUACCUGCAUGGCUACUGGGCUCUCAUUCUCGAGUACCUCCAGCUUUGUUCCGUCUUGCGCACCCGGACUUGGCUGAACAACUCUGGAGGGAAGUCGGAAGAGAUGCUGCGUUCCAGGCAUGCCGAGCUUUGCAAAGACCUGCAGAGCUUCCUGCUGGUGACAUCCGACUGGCACGAGAUGCUCUCGACCCAGGAGAGCCUGGUGUUGCAUCUUCUCAUGAUGAACCUGCACCUUUCGUUGAACGACCUGCAGCUGUUCUCGGGCAAAGAGGGCGAGGACCAAGCACGCCGAGUGUUUGGCGAUCUUCGCGAUUGGUCGCAAAGCGCUGAGGCGCGCCAAUCGCUCUGGCACGCGGGCCAAAUUUUGCGCCAAGCCAAAAUGUUCCCGCAGGGUCAUCUAAAGGACUUUUACGCCGUGGCCGUUCACCAUGCAGCGCUGGCGUGCUGGACACACGGCGUGGUUUCAAAGGCCAGCGGUAAGCAGCCGGUUCCAUACGAGCAGGAGAAGGUCUUCCUGGACGGCAACGAGUCGAAUCUAGUGCAUCGCUUCAUCGGGUUCAACCAGGGCCGCCCGGUGAUACUCGGCCCCAUGAGCAGGGCCGGGGCCACCGAGGCGUCUCUCGACGAUCCCAAGGCGUGCAUGGAGGUCGCUCAGGAGAUCCUCCGGGCCAACUUUCGAGACUCGACGGAUCUCCACCCGCCAAUCGUCGAGAACCUGUGCCUGCUGAUCAAGCAGCUGGGCCACGCUGCUUGGGCAGUGAGCAUGGAAUAA